CUCCGACAGGACGUGAACGCAGCAUGUGUUCAGACAGCGGAGGCUGAGCAGCAGCAGCAUCAGGAUGGACAGUUAGCAACUGGUCAACGUCUCUGCGUGAACACAGCGUCCACGUGAAGGACAGUGAAGUCGUCCUCUCAGUGAACCACAGAGUGAGCAGAAGGAUGGACUCCAUCUCUAUGAUGGGCAACAGCCGGAGCCCUGUGUUCCUCACUUCCUCCUCCUCCCACUGCCCCUCUCACCACCCCCAGGCCUGCUUCCUGCCCAACGGCACCAAGAACGGCAUCAGAGACGCAGGCGCCGCCUGUCAGCCGGCGGUGGCCAUCCUGGGCUCCGGUGACUUCGCCAAGUGUCUGACCCUCCGCCUGCUGCGCUCUGGCUUCCAUGUGGUGGUAGGCAGCCGCCACCCCAAACUGGCAGCCCAGUCGUUUCCUCAUGUGGUGGACGUGACGCACCAUGAGGACGCCGUGGGGAAGGCGAGCGUCGUGUUCCUGGCGAUCCGCCGUGAGCACUACUCCGUCCUGUGGGACCUCAAACAUCUACUGGAAGGAAAGAUCCUGGUGGACGUGAGUAACAACAGGAGGGUGAACCAGUACCCAGAAUCCAACGCUGAGUACCUGUCCUCCCUGCUGCCAGACUCCACCGUGGUCAAAGGCUUCAACGUCAUCUCUGCCUGGGCCAUGCAGCAGAGCUGCCCCAAGGACGCCAGCACACAGGUGUUCAUCUGCAGUGACUCUGUGGAGGCCCGGCAGCAGAUCAUGGAGCUGGCCCGUCAGCUCAGCUUCCAGCCCGUGGACAUGGGGACUCUGUCUUCUUCGCGGGACAUUGAGAACAUGCCGCUGCAGUUAUUUCCUGGCUGGAAGGGCCCCGUCCUCGCGGCCGUGGCCCUCUCCAUCUUCUUUUUUGCUUACUCUUUUGUACGAGACAUCAUCCACCCAUACGUGAAAUACAAGCAGAGUGACUUCUACAAGAUCCCCAUAGAGAUGGUGAACCGGACUCUGCCCACUGUUGCCAUCACCCUCCUGGCUCUGGUGUACCUGGCGGGGCAGCUGGCCGCCGCCCACCAGCUCUACUACGGCACCAAGUACAGGCACUUCCCUCACUGGCUGGAGGGCUGGCUGCAGAGCCGCAAACAGAUGGGUCUGCUCAGCUUCUUCCUGGCUGCGGUGCACGUCCUCUACAGCCUCUGUCUGCCCAUGAGGAGGUCUGAGCGGUACCUGCUGCUCAACACAGCCUACCAGCAGGUCCACGCUAAUGUGGAGAACGCCUGGAACGAGGAGGAGGUGUGGAGGGUGGAGAUGUACGUCUCCUUUGGGAUCAUGAGUCUGGGGCUGCUGUCCCUCCUGGCCAUCACCUCCAUCCCCUCCGUCCACAGCACGCUCAACUGGAGGGAGUUCAGCUUCAUACAGUCCACUCUGGGCUACAUCGCCCUGCUCAUCGCCACCCUCCACGGCCUGCUGUUCGGCUGGAAGCGAGCCUUCGAGGAGGAGGCCUACCGUUUCUACCUGCCCCCCAGCUUCGUGGUGGCCCUGGCCCUGCCCGUGUGCGUCAUCCUGGGCAAAGUGCUGAUGCUUCUCCCCUGUGUCGCCCGCAAGCUCCAUCGGAUCCGGCGGGGCCAGGACAGCAGUCAGUACCGCUGCCAGCGCCUGGAGCCGGUGGGCUCGGCCGCCCACGUCUCACCUGAGAGAGUCACCAUCAUGUGAUUGUCAUGUGAUCUGUCUUCACUGGGACGUCCACAUACUCAGCCAUGAGCCAUGCUGUUUAUUAAAGCUAAUGAAGACUUGUCACUGAAAGGACAAAUGACUGUUUGUUCUUGUGAACAGUGUCUGUCUCAUGUCACCUGUCCACCUGUCCACCUGUGUAUCGACUCCUCACUGUAACUAUGACCUGCUGUUAUGUCACAGCUGUUGGCCCAGACUGAGUUUGGACACAUCAUAUAUCACAUACACAUGUCAAACUGAAUAUUAUUGUCAAUAUGCUCCAAAUAAUUUACCAAUAAUUCAUCAAUACUUUGCUCUGACAGACAUUACUCUGAGUGUUGCUUAUUACUUUACAGAAAUCAUUUUUUAUUCCACUCAGCUUGUAAAAACAGGAGGAUAACUGUCUGAGAGAAUAACUCCUGUGAUGUCAUAGUGAUGUCACAGAGGGUGGAGACUACAGAUUUAUGUGCAACAGAAAACCUGGGGAAUAGACCAUAUUCACACGGCGGCCAUUUUCCUCUGACGUCACACUGAGGGCGGGAAAUCUUGAACACUUUAAUGUCUUUGAAUGAAUCCUGUGAGUCGUCGUCGUUUACUUCACCUUCUUUUGACCACAUUGAUUAAUGGACAGAUGAGUUCUCCAGGUGCUAAAGUUGAAGACAGGCCCACACUGGAAACACUGGAAGCUAAUGCAAGGCUAGCAAACAGGACGUUUACAAUUAACAUAAAUGUCAGAGUUAGCGCUUCUAAAGUUGUCAGAUGACACAUGAAUCCACUGGUUAAACAUGAACUAAUGUUGUGUGGUUUCAUAAUCAACCUGCAUCAAUGAUACAGUCACAUGACAGAGGAGCAUCACUGCUAACUUCACCAGGUGAAGAGCUAGCAGGGCGGCUAAUGCUACAUGGCUAGCUUGAUUCCAUCCAGUGUUUCACUUCCAGACUGAACUAAACGUGUCUGAGCUCUGUGUUGAUGUUUCAGAAUGAAUUCAUUUCUCUCGUCUUGUAUCACACAGCUCUGUCAAACAGUAAUGCUAGCUAAGAAGUGGUAUGCUAAUGUUAGCUGUAGCUAAUGGUUUAUCAAAUAUGUGGUUUUACCUUGAGAUAUGAGUCGACGUCUCUUCAGGUUUCUGUUGCUCAUCGAUCGAACAGAAACAAUCAGUCAGAAUCUCUGUUGAUGUGACGUCAGGUGAACGUGGUCUCGUGAUGAAAAGAUGCUGCUGAGUAGUUUGUGAGCUGACGUUUUGUCUGUUGAUUCUGCAGUUUGACGGUGUUGUUAUGUUUUCUGUCAUGUGACUGUCCCAGUGAACACUGUAUCUGAUGGGUGACAGGGAGCGAAGCUGUUGUUAAAAAUCAAUUAGUUUGUCUCAGUAAACACAGUCACAUGACCCGGUCCUCCUCAGUGUGUUAGAUGUGUGUGAAUCUCCAUCAGCUCGGCAGGGUGUAACAUCUGGGCUGAUGUGAGUCCGUUCAACGUGACCUGUCGUCUUCAUUAUGUGACAGAGAUGCUGCUGUUUCCUGAUCAGUGAACAUUUAAUUCUCUGUAACGAGUUCAGCAGUGAAGCUCUUUGUGUUUCUCUGGUCGUCACCAUGUGCAACUGUGACAGGAAAUAAAGAUGUGUCAGAGCCGCGGCUGUAACACAGCAGCAGAUA